AUGGCGACUAUCAUUCUAGGUUCCCAAUGGGGGGAUGAGGGUAAGGGAAAGCUCAGCGACAUUCUCUGCCAGAAGGCGCGCGUUUGCGCCCGCGCUGCUGGCGGCCACAAUGCGGGCCACUCUGUCGUUGCCAAUGGUGUGUCCUACGACUUCCAUCUCCUGCCCUCGGGCCUCGUCAACCCGCAAUGUACCAACCUGAUCGGCUCUGGCGUCGUCUUCAACGUCCAGGCCUUCUUCAAGGAACUCGCUGCCCUCGAAGAGAAGGGAUUGUCGCACGCGCGCAAGAACUUGCUCGUCAGUGACCGCGCCCAGGUCAACCUCGAAUUGCACGCCCGCGUCGAUGGCUUGGAGGAGAGGGAACUGGCCGGCAACAAGAUUGGCACCACAGGCCGCGGCAUCGGCCCCUCGUACGCGAACAAGGCGGCUCGCAACGGGAUACGGGUGCACGAGAUCUUCGACCAGGAAAGCUUCGAGGCGAAACUGCGCAGGCUAGCGGAGGGCUACAAGAAGCGGUUUGGUGAUUUGUUGGAGUACGACGUCGAGGAGGAGAUUGCGCGCUUCCGUGACUACCGCGAGAAGCUGCCGGACUUUGUCGUCGACGCCGUCAACUACAUGCAGGCGGCGCAGGCUAGCGGUGUCGACAUCCUGAUCGAGGGCGCUAAUGCGCUGAUGCUGGACAUCGACUACGGCACAUACCCGUUCGUCACCAGCAGCAAUACUGGGCUAGGCGGUGUCAUCACCGGCCUGGCUGUCAACCCGAGGAGAAUCAACGUUGCCAAGGCGUACACAACGAGAGUUGGAGAGGGCAUCUUCAAGUCGGAAGAUGUGGGCGAGGCCGGCAAGAAACUGCAGGAUAUUGGCCGCGAAUGGGGCGUCUCCACUGGCAGGAAACGGAGAUGUGGGUGGCUUGACCUCGUCGUGCUGAAGUACUCGGCCUCGGUCAACUACUACACGGCCUGGAACCUGACGAAGCUCGACGUCCUCGAUACCUUCCCCACCCUCAAGGUGGCGGUCGCCUAUAAAGACCCCGAGACAGGAAAGGAGCUCGAGUACUUCCCGGCUGACCUCGGGUAUCUUGAGAGGUGUGAAGUCGUGUACAGGGAGUUUGAGGGCUGGCAAACACCGACGACAGCGGUGAAGAAAUUCGAGGAUCUCCCGCGGCAAGCGCAGAUGUACGUUAGGUUCGUCGAGGAGUUCACUGGCGUUCCAGUGAAGUGGAUCGGGACAGGCCCGGGGCGUGACGACAUGAUCUACCUCUAA